GCCGGGCCUCCCUCCUGACUGGCUGAAGCUGGCGGGGGCUACCUUGCCAUUGGCCGCCGGCAGGGUGUCACGCUUCCGGUUUGAGUGGCGGCCGAGGUCCGGAAGCCGCGAUGGUGCGGUUCAAGCACAGGUAUCUGCUCUGCGAGCUGGUGUCUGACGACCCCCGCUGCCGCCUGAGUCUGGAGGACCGUGUGCUGUGCGGCCUCGUCCGGGACACGAUCGCCCGCGUGCAUGGGACCUUCGGCGCGGCCGCCUGCUCCGUGGGCUUCGCUGUGCGAUACCUCAAUGCCUAUACUGGGAUAGUGCUACUUCGAUGCCGCAAGGAGUUCUACCAGCUCCUGUCGUCAGCUCUUCCCUUCAUCACAUACUUGGAGAACAAAGGACACCGUUACCCCUGCUUUCUGAACACCUUACACGUGGGAGGUACAAUUAGAACAUGUCAGAAGUUCCUGAUUCAGUACAACAGGAGACAGCUAUUGAUCUUAUUGCAGAACUGCAGGAAUGAAGGAGAACGAGAAGCUAUUCAGAAGUCUGUCACACGAAGCUGUUUGCUAGAGGAGUCUAGUGGGGAGGAGGAACAUCUAGACAGUGGUGACGAGGCGGCUGCUGAAGCCAUGGAGUGAAUGGAGCAUCCCCAGGACCCACUCCUGCAACAGGACAUGCUGGGAGGUGGAAUGUGCUCAUGACGUCCAUCUUCUAAGCGGAUGACAGAUAACUACAGGACAAGUUCCCAGCUCAAAAGGGAGAACUUAAAACAAAUCCAAGUCACUUUCCUCUACUGUUACCUGGUUAAAUAGUUCUGCAGAUGAGGCUCCCUAGUUCCCGUCGGUGUCACUAGAUGUCCUCUGCAGCACUGAGCACUGUCCACGAGGCUGCCCAGUGGCCACAGUACUGGAUCUCAAAUAUGAGUUCAGACCCUGGCUGCACCUGUAACAGUGAUGCGUUCUCUUUCCCUUAUCUUUCAUUAGUAAAUAAAAUCUUAAUUUUUUUUUUUUUUUAAA